CUCAAUUUGUGACCUAUUGCUGCUGUUACGUAACACCAGCAACCAGAGUCCAACCAUCACGGAUGAGGAGGACCCCACAGACACGUGGAGAUCGGGACCACAAAGAACACCUGUCCAGCGUAGACUCCUUUACUGGCCUCAAGUGAUGGAAACUGCACAAGAGCCUAAAGGUAGUGAUAACCUGUGUAAUACAAGCAGGAAUGCAUCAGUUAGAAGAUAUGUGGAAUUUGUCACUUCGGUACCAGGGUACCAGCUUGUACAGUAACUAUUCUUAAAGAAGAGACAAUCUGCAGAUGCUGGAAAGCAACACACACAAAAUGCUGGAGGAACUCAGCAGGUCAUGCAGUAUCUAUGGAAAAGAGUACAGUCGACGUUUAGGGCCGAGACCCUUCAGCAGGACUUCAGCAUUUUAUGUGUACUACUAGUUACCAUUCUAUAGAUUUGAUAUUUAAGGAGUGGCCAGAGAUUUCCUUUGCAACACCAAUUAUCUCUCGUUGAUCCUUGGAGCUGAAGAAUUAUCUCAUCCCUGCUGGAAAUGUGCUUUGUGACUGAGAUGGACCUUUCGUUGUAACUCAGUGUAAUCCACUGGAACAGACGUGCUGAGAACAUACCAGCAUUUGUUCACUUGAGAUCAGGUCUUCAACUGCAUUCAUUGUAUGAGAGAUUCACUACGUCCUGAAUUGCUGAAUUGUCAGAGAACUGAUAGAGAAACUGCAGGAAGGGAUUCACAUACACGUCCCACCUUCUCAGAUUGUGGUCAGGGAUUCACUCAGUCAUUUGACGUACAGGCAUAGAAGUAAGUUCACACUGGGAGAUGUCGUUCACCUGCUCAGAAUGUGGGAAGGGUUUCACUCGUUCAUCUAACCUACUGGCACACCAGUUAGUUCACACUGGGGAGAGGCCAUUCAACUGCUCAGACUGUGGGAAGGGAUUCACUCGGUCAUCUGACCUACAUAGACACCAGCGAGUUCACACUGGAGAGAAACCAUUCACCUGUUCAGACUGUGGGAAGGCAUUUCCACGGGCUUUCCAACUGAAGAUACAUCAGCGAGUUCACACCGGGGAGAGGCCAUUCACCUGCUCAGAUUGUGGGAAGGGAUUCACUCAGUCAUCUGACCUAUUGGCACACCAGCGAGUUCACACUGGGGAGAGGCCAUUCACCUGCUCAGACUGUGGGAAGGGAUUCUCUCGAUCGUCUGACCUACAGAGGCAUCAGCGAGUUCACACAGGAGAGAGGCCAUAUGUCUGCUCUGACUGUGGGAAGGGAUUCACUCGAUCAUCUCACCUACUGGCGCAUCAGUCAGUUCACACUGGGAAGAGACCAUUCACCUGCUCAGACUGUGGGAAGGGAUUCACUCAGUCAUCUGACCUACUGGCACACCAGUCAGUUCACACUGGGAAGAGACCAUUCACCUGCUCAGACUGUGGGAAGGGAUUCGAUCGAUCAUCUGUUCUACUGACACACCAGCGAGUUCACACUGGAGAGAAACCAUUCACCUGUUCAGACUGUGGGAAGGCAUUUCCACGGGCUUCCCAACUGAAGAUACAUCAGCGAGUUCACACCGGGGAGAGGCCGUUCACCUGCUCAGACUGUGGGAAGGAAUUCUCUCGGUCAUCUGACCUUCUGGCACAUCAGUUAAUUCACACUGGGGAGAAGCCGUUUACCUGCUCAAAUUGUGGGAAGGGAUUCACUUACUCAUCCAACCUACAGAGACACCAGCGAGUUCACACAGGAGAGAAGCCAUAUGUCUGCUCUGAAUGUGGGAAGGGAUUCACUCAAAAGUGUCACCUAUUGGCACAUCAGUCAGUUCACACUGGGGAGAGGCUGUUCACCUGCUCAGACUGUGGGAAGCGAUUCUCUCGAUCAUCUGAUCUACAGAGACACCAGCGAAUUCACACUUGAAAGAAGUUGUUCACCAACUCAGUCGACUGACCUACAGGGACACUAAUCAGUUGACACUGGGGAAGGGCUGUGCACCUGUCUGUGAGAAGGGAUUUACUUGAUAGUCCAGCCAACAGACACACCAAGUCAGUUCAUACUGGUGUGAUGUCAUUCACCUAUUCAGACUGUGGGAAGGGAAUCACUUCAUCAUCUUAUCUGAUGGUACAUCAGUAAGUUCACACUGGAGAGAGGCCACUCACCUGCUCAGAUUGAGGACAGAGAUUUACUCAGUCAUAUGAUUUGCUGGACACAUGAGUCAGUUCACACUGGGGAGGUGCUGUUCACUUGCUAAGAUUGUGGGAAGGGAGUCACUUCUUCAUCUCAUCAGUGAGUUCACACUGCGGAGAAGACAUUCACCAUGCUUGGAUGUGGGAAGGGAUUUACACUCAGUCAUUUGAACUGAAGCUACAUCAGUGAGCUCACAUAAGAGAGAGGUCGUUCACCUGCUCUGAAUAUGGGAAGAGAUUUACUCAGUUAACCAACAUGGUGGUGCAUUACUAAAUUCACACUGGGGGAAACGAAUGACCUGUGUGCUGGAUAUAAUCAUUACAGUUGCUGAGUCCAGAGGUUCAGAAGAAACUGUUAGUGUUGAACUCAAUAAUUAUUGCUGCUGCUCAUCAGACUGGCCACUGGGCAUAGGAGGAGUUUCUUCCACUGAUGUUCACCUUUAUUGGGACUGGAAUUUAAUGUUCUGGAUCUGUGAC